AUGUUAUUCAUCAGUGAUCAAAUCGAUAAUGGAACAAUUCUAAAUCUAUCACAAUCAGUUCGGGGUAAUCUCAUUCGCAUCGGUAUCUAUCUCUCAAUCUAUCUAACUGUCUAUCUAUCUAUCUAUCUAUUACGUUCUUUUCAUAUCUAUCUAUUACAUUCUUUUCAGUUCUAUCACGUGCUUUUCAUAUCUAUCUAUCUAGCUAGCUUAGCUAGCUCAUUGUAUUCAAAUCUAUCUAUCUAUUACACCAUAUUAACAUCUAUCUAUCUAUCUAUCUAUCUAUUACAGCAUGUUAACAUCUAUCUAUCUAUCUAUCUAUCUAUCUAUCUAUCUAUCUAUCUAUCUAUCUAUCUAUCUAUCAUGUUAACAUCUAUUCAUCUAUCUAUCUAUCUAUCUAUCUAUCUAUCUAUCUAUCUAUCUAUCUAUCAAAUAACUCCUCCUGACUUCCUAUUCUAUUUAUCACCUCACACACCGCAACAACAAGAACAAAAAAUAAUAUUUGUUACCUGCUAG